AGGGAACCUAUCAAGAGAUGUGACUGAGGCACUAAUCCUCCAGCUGUUCAGCCAGAUUGGACCAUGCAAAAACUGCAAAAUGAUCAUGGAUACAGCUGGAAAUGAUCCAUACUGUUUUGUGGAGUUUUAUGAGCAUCGUCACGCAGCUGCAGCAUUAGCUGCUAUGAAUGGACGGAAGAUAAUGGGUAAGGAGGUCAAAGUGAACUGGGCAACAACCCCCAGCAGCCAGAAGAAAGAUACCAGCAGUAGUACCGUUGUCAGCACACUGCGUUCACAAGACCAUUUCCAUGUCUUUGUUGGAGACCUCAGUCCAGAAAUUACAACUGAAGAUAUAAAAGCAGCUUUUGCACCGUUUGGAAGAAUAUCAGAUGCACGAGUGGUUAAAGAUAUGGCAACAGGGAAAUCUAAAGGAUAUGGCUUUGUUUCCUUCUUCAAUAAAUGGGAUGCAGAAAACGCUAUUCAGCAGAUGGGUGGACAGUGGCUUGGUGGAAGACAAAUCAGAACUAACUGGGCAACACGAAAACCUCCAGCUCCAAAGAGUACAUAUGAAUCAAACACCAAGCAGCUGUCUUAUGAUGAUGUUGUCAAUCAGUCGAGCCCAAGCAACUGUACUGUAUAUUGUGGUGGUGUUACUUCAGGACUAACAGAACAGCUAAUGCGCCAGACCUUUUCUCCAUUUGGGCAGAUAAUGGAAAUUCGAGUCUUCCCAGAUAAAGGGUACUCUUUUAUACGGUUCAAUUCUCAUGAAAGUGCUGCACAUGCAAUUGUUUCUGUCAAUGGAACUACUAUAGAAGGGCAUGUUGUGAAGUGCUAUUGGGGCAAAGAAACACCAGAUAUGAUCAAUCCAAUCCAGCAGAAUCAAAUUGGAUAUCCACAGGCUUAUGGCCAGUGGGGCCAGUGGUAUGGAAAUGCACAGCAAAUUGGUCAGUAUAUGCCUAAUGGUUGGCAAGUCCCUGCAUAUGGAAUGUAUGGACAGGCAUGGAAUCAGCAGGGAUUUAAUCAGACACAGUCUUCUGCCGCAUGGAUGGGUGCAAAUUACGGAGUUCCACCACCUCAGGGGCAGAAUGGAAGUGUGUUAACUAAUCAAACUGGAUAUCGCAUGGCAGGUUUCGAAACUCAGUGAGAGAAAAGGACUCUGGAACCUAACACCAGUGACUUGAGGCAACAAGGAGUGCUGUAAAGCCUUUGUUUACUUAGAUUUAUCAAGUCAGUGCAAAUGUCCGAUACAGUGUAUUUAUUUAAAGAAAUCAUUUAAAUCAUGAAACUAUUUGUCAUCCACAUUGUUUAAAAAAACAAACAAACAGGAAAAACUAGAUGCUGGAUGUCUGCCAACUUUUGCCUUCUUUUCCUCCUUUUGAUGUGUGUUUCUUAAGAUCCUUGUUUGAAACACAACAAAUGCAGGGAUUACUGCCACUGUUAAAUUGGGGCAGAAAAUUGCACAAAGUCAAACUUUUUUUUUCUUCUGAAGUAGUGUGCAGUUUUAGUUUGCAUUCCUAAUGGUUUAAAAUGUGUUAUAAACAGUUGUACAAAAAAGCCAAAACUGUGUGAAUUCUGAAGGUUCUUUACAAUCUUCAGCCUGUGCACAAAUUAGUUUUAAAAAUAGCCUAUUGUAUAAAGUGUCCAUCUCUCCACUUUUGUUUAUACCAGGGUUUUCAAAUAUAAAUUAUUUUACAUCAUUUUGUAUCUAGACAUUUUUCAAACAGUUGUCUUUGCCUUAUGUCAUGAGGAAAAUGUGAUGCUCAGCAUAAAAUUGUGUGCACAACUCUCAGAUGGAUCUAACUGAAGUCACAUUGUGUUCUACGUGAGAAGGUGCCUAGAGAAAUCUCUGUUGGAUUUGUUCUAUAGGAUUUUUAUCUUCAGUGAUAAACUUUGAUGUGUACUAGGGAAUAUAAAAUCCUGUUACAAAUACCACAAUGUGACAAAUUCCUAAGAACCAGCUUUUUUCUGUCAAUCUACAUUUACACAUAUCCAUUAUCAUGUAAAAUAUUUUAGCAAACUAAUAUUUUGCACAAAAGUUAGAAAACUUUGUAUGUUUCCUUAUUUAAAGGUAGGAUGCAGAGUCCUUUCACGUGAUUUAUGCGUAACAUUUUUAAGGGUUUUUUUGGUCUUGCAUGUGAAUAUCAAAUAUACACUUUGGUAGUCUUUGAAUACAAAGUCAUCCGCUCUUUUUUUAAAGAAACUGUAAAAGACACAAAGUUGUAUGUAGAAAACAAAUCAGUCUUGCUGUUUACUGAUAGUAAAUUUUACUCAAAUAGAGUAAGUUGACUUGAUUUUAACAUGUACAAUUAGAGCUGUGAAAACUGUAGCAUUGUAUGUGUAAGCAUCAGGCGGGGGGGUAUGUGUAAUGCUCCAAUUUAGCCUGAAGGACCAGCUGGACAAAGCAUUUUUAAAUGUUCAAAGGCCAAAAAACUUUCUAUCCUACCUCCUUGACCAGCCUUCAAAGAGCAAAAACUUCUUCAUUGUGUAAUGUUAUUUAUUAUCCCUAUUAAGCUUUGGCUUCUGGAGUUCGCAUAUUCCUUUCCCCCCCCCGAUCAGUUGCAGUUGGGCAACUCAGAGUAUCAAGGGAUUAAACUUUUGCUAUAUUUGACAGUCAUGUGACAAUGUAUUUCAGGGUCUUAUAUGAAGUAAUAACAGAGGAUAGUGGGGAGUGGGACAGGAAUGAGGUUAGGCUCCCCUUUUCCCCCCAAUUAAGGAUAUAAUAUUGGACUGUUUAAAAUUUUGAACAUUUUUAUUAGAAAAUGGGAGGGGUGGGGAGAGGGGGAAGGCAGGCAUAGGGCAAAUCUCUUAGGAGAUUGUGUUGGCCUAUAUCUUGUAGCCAACGUUCUGUAAAGUGUGGAGGACCUGAGUGUGUGUGACUCUCUGGAGAACUUUUCUAUGCAGCUGUUUUUAAAACUUGGCUUUAAAGAUAGGUGAAUACAAACCAACUUUUUUACUUGGAAAUGUUUUCCUCCUUGUAACUCUUGCAAAUAGGACUCGCAACAAAAAAACAGCUUAAAAGUGAAAUGUUUCACAAAGUAUAUCAGUAUCUUUUUAACUUCUAUGGAUUAUUCUAGGUUAGGGCUCUAUUCUGACUUUAAUUAUGCAAACAUACAUUUUUACUUUCUGCUUGACCAGCUGUGCUGUAUCAUAUUUUGCCCAAAGAACAUCCAUAUCUGUGAGUAGGCUCUGGAGUUUAGCUCAAUGCUGUAUUUGAAUACAGAUUUUAAAACCAAUAUAUGCAUAAUGUGUAUUUUUACCUCUUUUAUUUUGACUGCAUGAACAGCAUCUGUCUAAAUUUAAAAAAAUGUAUCGUGAUUCCUGUCAUUAAAAUGUACACAUUACUGCUUGGUUUAAUUAGAAGCAGAGUGGGGGAGGGCUUCCUGUGCUGAUUGCUGAGGACUGAAAUACCUCUUGAAUUAUAGGCUCCAAGAGACAAGGACACACCUUUUUUUAACGAAACAAAUUGAGAGGUCACAUGCAAUAUGGAAAAUCUGAUCUGUAGAUGGAGAAGAUACCUCUUUAUUUCUCUGAGGCCUAGAGUUGUGAAGAGUAUUGUCAGAAUGAGACACCUCUUGAAUUCUCCCAAUGUACUGGCUCUUUCCUUGCAAUGGCCUUGGUGUAAACAGCUCUAUAAAAAGCUUGCUAAAUGUACAUUAUGGAAGUUACGCCGUUCUAUUUGUUAUCAACCAAUGUUUAGAACAAACCUACUAAGUGAAAUAACUUGACAUUCACUCUCACAAGUCUUGCAUUGGGAGCCAGAGAGGGCUGUAAGUGAUAUUUGUAUUAGUGUUGUAUCCCUUUUGUCCCCACCCACUCCACAAAACACUUAAAGCAAUAUUGAGGUGACAAUCAUUUGAACACAUUCCUCUGCCCUACCAGUGCUCUCCUUUCUUCCUCACCCUUUUUUUGUUGUUGUUCUGAAUAUUUGCACUUCUAUCAGGCUUUGGUGUUUACAGAAAUGACACAGCUGCCUUGAUAUGUAAGGUAUGCGUUAUAGAAUCCCAAACACACAACAGAAAAGGAUAAAAUGGCUUAUUUCCAAGGUAGCAGCCUGGACUAUUUUUGCAUUAGCAGCCCACUUCAUAUUUGUAUGAAACAUUAAAUGUCACUUGAAUGAAUGUAUUUUGAUAUUUGUGGUUAGGGGUAUAAGACUCUUAACUCCACAACUGGUGACUUUUUUUUUUUUUAAAGCUGUUAAGGAUGUUAAUAAAACUGUGUGAACUUGCAUA